CCUAUUGACGGCAACUCAUUUCGUUUGAACCUGCUUAAGCGGGUAGCGUGCACGAACAAAGGUGGGGACGGAGCGAGUUCACACGUGCCAGCCUUUGCCGCAAGUUGGUGAGUCGGCAGUGUGGGUUCGACUUUUCCAUAUGGCAGUCACUAUUGACUAGGUGUCAAUGCAAGCAUCAACCCAUUCAUCGCAGGGGUUACAAUGCCGCGGCGCUUGGCGACCAUGAUUACUGGCACUCUUUGCCUGCUGGCGCUGAUCGUCGCGCUGGCGCCGCCAGGGUUGUGCAGGCCGGUGCAUCUGGACAUCGGUUCCGGCCAGGCAGACGCCGAUCGCAAUGCGCUGGAAACCGUGACCGACUUCGCCACUGACUCUAGCCAGUUGCUGGAGACGCCCGAGGACAGCGAGCUCAGCAGCUCCGGCCGGAUGACGUGUCGUUCGUGGACGGCUGCAGCAGCCCCACCAGCCUACAGUACAUGCGCGAGCUCAACCCCAUCUAUCUGCAACGCCCACGACCUGUGCUACCGCUGCCGCAUCAACUGGGGCCUCGGCACUGCCUGGUGUGACGCCAUGCUGCUGCGCCGCUGCAAGGACGUAUGCCACGCCAACUGGCCCAACUGGUGGGACUGGUGGCACCGCGGCUUCUGCCAGGGCACCUGCGACACCAUGAACGUGGGCCUCACCUGGUACUCGGUGCGCGCCAACAACGAACGCAGCGAGAGGCGCUCGAACGACUGCUGGCCCUCGUGGCGGCCCUACCUGGAGCGGCCGUUCAGCGUGGGCAAGCCUUCCAACCGCUGCAACAACAUGGCAUCUUGCUAGUUAGCUUGGCGAUCAUUCAUACAAGGGCACAGUAGAGCAUUUAUACCAGUUGCGCACCACAAGGCCUUGAUGAGGUUCCGCCUAUGCUGCUGGCCGCUUACUGCCAACCGCGCCUAUGGACGACCUAGGGAGGAGAGGAUUUGCCCGCUAUGUGUUGCAAAUGAAGUCGAAGAUGAGAAUCAUGUGCUCAUGCGGUGUACGGCCUACGACCAGUUGCGUUUGGGUAGCGAGAUCGAUUUUACAGGCGGAAUGCAGGCCGUCAUGCAGAAUGCGGACCCAGCCAGGUUAGCCGCGUUACUAGAUUCCAUUUGGGAGCACAGGAGCAUAAGCACCCCCAUUCGGGGACCAAACUAGCUGCAUAUAUAAGUGUUGCAGGCGUUAUAAGGGCCCCCCGGCCCGGGCCUAGGUUUCUACAAGGACAGGAAUGCACGUCGUGCUCACCACCUUGUAACCACACACAACAAAUACAUGACGGCAUGGCGGGAGUCAGGCCCGUGCGGCCGCUGUGCCGCCGGGGUUCAUACAUACAGUGCACACGCACAGAGGGUACAGAGCAGGGCGUCAAUACGCCCGCACGUGGCCUUGCAUUACCCGCGACUGCGGCGCGGGCCCGUGUACAGCAGCCACCCAUGCACACAUGCUGGCUUGUUGGCGUUUCUUCGUUAUGAUGCUAUUCGUGUUGCACGCAAGCAAUCAAUGUGCCGCACGUUAACGGCGCGCGGUGUGUACGUGUGAGAGGUAGGGGAACUUGAGAGUUCGUUACCACGACGAGUGCGUGCUGACAGGGCUAUAGGCAGCAGAUGGAGUACAGGAGGCUGCGGAGUACGGUAUGUAUAUACGGUUAGUGCCCAUGCUGACUGGGCUGCAGGUUGUGGGCCUACGUGCGUGCAGGUACGAGCAAUUUGCAUGCAGCAGGGGUUUGAUUGCAUGUGUAGCUAGGGUGUUAGGUGCAGGGGAGGGUUAGGUGAGCGCGUCAAGUGCGUAAUUUCUGGUAGUAGUCAGGGUGUCCCCCAUGGUCGGGUAUCAGGGGCAAUCGCCUGUCCAUAUGUGUUUCCAGUUUUUAACAACGGUGACAUGGGCCACAUGCACUUUUUUGCGUGUGCAGGGUGUAAGGUGAGGGUGUUGGGUGUAUUAGUCAGGAAGUAAUUCGUAAGGGCGUGCCCGCCCCACGGCUGGUUAUCAGUAACAGCAUGGGCAACCGCCUGUCCAUACGCGUUUCCAAUCCUAACUACGGUGAAAUGGGCCGCACGCACGCAACCUUAAACGGCCUGUCUCUUACGUUGUUGGGUGCGACGGCUGCUACUGGUGUGUGUUUUGUGUGUGCUUGCACGUGCGUGUGUCUGACUCAACCAGCGAAAGCUGCUGAGUAAGGGGCGGCGAAACUACACCAGCCGCUGCGCGUGGAAGCCAUCUACCACGGAUUGAAAUGAGGAUGUAACACAGAGGAUUG